GGUCCUGACGAACCACGUCCAAAUAAAGCGUCCAGGGUUCAAAAUAUUGAAUGAAAAAAGUCGAGCGAGGGGGAAAAAAUGAAAUAUAAACGGCCAUUAAAAAGUAAAAACCGUAAAAUUGGCAGGUAGCAAAGUAAGGUUAGCAACAAACCGCACGUAAACAAGUUGUGACCGGAAAUGACAGUGUAUUGGUGUAUACUGACUUCUAAUCCCCACUGAUACGUAUCAAACUAGUGUAGUGGCAUUACAUUUUCAGUCCGCGCGUUGGCGACGUACUUCGCUCCUUCCUGAAUCAAGAUGUGCUCCGCCCAAAUGGUCCUCAUCAUUUUGAUUGGCAUUGCCACCAUUGAAACUGUGACUGGUUUUAGUGGUGGUGCUAGUAAUACCAUGUCCUGUGACACAAUGUUGCCCCACCAUGGUUCUCCCACACCUGAGAGUGGUCCGUUUAGUGUCCCUAAACAUUUCUGUUCCAGUGCUGCAGGAGAUGAGACUAUAGUGUCACUCAAAGCUGAUCCUGCCACGAAGUUUAAAGGGUUUCUGUUGGAGGCUAGGGAAUCACAGGAUGGACCUGCAGUUGGCACCUUCACUCUGCUCACUCCCGCUCACAGCCUCCUUCUUGAGUGCAGUGGGAAUCCAGCAGCUGCUGUUACCCAACCAAACAACCAAGCCAAGACAUUAAUCGAAGCCAAGUGGAGAGCACCAUACAAAGGAGUUUUCUAUUUCAGAGUCACAUUUAUUAAAGACAUGAUGAAGUUCUGGAUACCAGAGGCCAUUAAUAUCACCACCUGUCCUACUACUUCUACUACUACUGUCACUCCUACUACUAUCACUACUUCUACUACUACUGUCACUCCUACUACUAUCACUACUUCUACUGUUACUCCUACUACUAUCACUCCUCCUACUACUCCUGCUAUCACUCCUCCUACUAUUCCUGCUAUCACUAUUCCUGCUAUCACUGCUCCUGCUAUCCCUACUCCUACUAUCCCUACUCCUACUAUCCCUACUCCUACUAUCCCUACUCCUACUCCUGCUCUGCACACAUCUGCACCCUCUACGUGUAUGCUUAUUAGCGCUCUCAUUCGGCCUUCACUCUUGUUCGUGAGUCUUCCAAAAGGCCAGACACUUUGGCAUAAGGGGUUCAAGAUAUUGUUGUGUCCUCUCUCAAUGGUUGCAGCCAUCAUUGCCUUUAUUAUUUUGCUGCUAUGGGAGCCAAUACAAAUAACUCUUGUGGCUGUUGUGGGUGUGGCAAUGGUCCUGAGCUUGGGACAAACGAUUGUUGUUUUUCUACCCUUUGGGCCCAGCCAUGAACUGAGGUCCAUCUGUGAUUUGGUUCUCAGAGUGAUUUCCUUCACAACUGAGGUUUUUACCAUGGUGGCCAUAUUUGUGAGUCUGGAGGAAAUUGAGAAGUGCUGCUCGAUACACUGGCGCAUGAAAGAGAUGGGAGGGUAUGCAGCCUGGGUGGCUCUGUUCUACUUGAUGUUCAUAUACCUCUGUUGCAACCAGAGUUACCAGAGGAAAAGAAUUGGUGACAAAUGGAUUGUGCCAAAGAGAACGAUAAUCUUUGAAAAAAUCUUCAAUGUUAUCCUUGUUCUGGGCAAAUUGGGUUUUACAGUGGCUCUUAUCAUUGGAAUAUACACUUAAUAUACACUAUUUGCAUUGUGUUCCCCCAAACCCUUCUUUUACGCUGCUGCUACUCUAUUUACCAUAUAUGCAUAGUCACUUUAACUAUACAUUCAUGUACAUAGUUCCUCAAUUGGCCCGACCAACCAGUGUCUGUAUGUAGCGUCGCUACUUUCAUAGCCUCGCUACUGUUAUUUUUCACUGUUUGUAUUUCUUUACUUAUCUAUUGUUCAGCUAAUACCUUUUAUGUACUGUUGGUUAGAGCCUGUAAGUAAGCAUUUCACUGUAAGGUGAACUUUGAUUUGAGACAUGAGGACGGUAUAAAGCAAGAGGUUUGCGUGAUUACAUUAAAACAUGUAUUAUGAAAGUAGGUUUAUCCUGUAGAUACGUGUUAUCCACUUGGUAACAUACUGUAUGUCACACAUGUACUUUAACCCUUGUUUAUCAUUCUUUAUUUUUGGUUUGGGUUACAAUACACGUUUAUACUGUAUCAUGAAUACUUUGUUUUUCUGUAGCUAGAUUUCCAUUCAGUUGGUGACAGAUUUUCAUGUGAAUAUUCUAAAAUCCACAAAAUCAAUAAGCUCAUUUUCCCACCAUAGUUGUUUUCAUCAAAUUAACUUGUUGGGGGGGCCUCCAGGGUGGCGCAGUGGUUAAGGGCCCCCAACAAGUUAAUUUGAUGUUGCUCUGUAAGUCAAAUAUUUCAUUAUCUGCAAUAAUGUAAAGUAGACCGCAAUAAAAAGGUCAAAAUUCCAGUCUGUGUGCAUGCACUAAAGAUGUGUUUACAGUGCCACAUGUUCUGUUUAAUAAUUCAACAGUCAGGUAACUUCCUUAUUGCUUAGAUAAAUACAUUCUAGUUCCUUCUGUAUUAUUUUCUCCAUUGGAGAUAACAUACAGAUCAACACUAAAGUUGUAAGUAAUUAAAGAGGGGCAAAUUAGAUAGAUACUGGACGUCAGACAUCCUUGAAUUUUUACUGUUGAAAUUAGGAAGCAACAGUAGGCUACUAAAUACAAUUUCCAGUGUCACACCGACUCACAUCAUUUAGUGUUUCCUUUAUUUUGGCAGUUACCGGUAUGCCUACAGUCUGGAAGGUCUCAAUUUGAAGAUAUGAUGGUUAUUAUGCAAGUAUUUGCAACUGAAGGGGUUUCCACCACCAUACAUUUUACCUACAUAAAAAUAUCCCACCAUGUCAAACGAACAAGUUACCGGUCGGUAUUUAUAAAAUUGUACCUGAAACUUCCUGUUUCCAUCAUGGAUGUUGUGAUUUAUUUUUAUACAGUACUCUCAAACUGUUGAUGGAAACGUGGUGACUGUCAUAUUUAUUUGUCUACAAUACAGCAACUUGUAGAGCAUUGUUACUCUGAAAGGCAAAUAGUUAACAAUAAAAAUGUCAAAUUUCCUGUCUAAAA